AUUAAUGAAUUAAAUGACUAACUUGAUUGUUAAUUAUAUAUUAAUUUAUUUGAUAUAUGAUUGUUAAUUAUAUAUGAUUAUACUUAGAGAUGAAAUAAAAUACUUGUAUGAAAUACAUAACUUACCUAUAUCUUAUUUUACUCAAAUCUCAUUUACAUUUUGACCCGAGCCAGUGUCUACUUCCAAGAAGCUUCCUGUUUUGUGUGAACACGUAGCAAAGACAUUUCUUUUCAAUUUUCCCGUCAGUCUCCUCCGCUUUUUAAACACAUAAAUCCCACCGUUGUUUGAUUAUCUCGCAUCGCAUCCUCUCGUCCCCUCCCUGAUCGAAUCGCCCAUUCAUCAAAUCCAUGAUCAUGGAUCCACACGACCUCGGAUUCUCCACUUACCCAGAUACCUACACCUCCCAGAUUCCUUCCGACGAAUCCAUCAUGUUCCCCAAUUCCGACUAUCAUCACCAAAUUCAAAACAACCCAUCCUCCGCCGCCGUCGAUCAUCAUCAGUUCUUCAGCGGCGCGCCCUUCGACCCACCGGACAGCAACAGCCCCGACAGCUUCGGCCUGUCCUUCACCUUGAGCCCCGGCGGAGAGUCGUUCCUCUUCUCCACCGAUACCCAAUCGGUGACGUCCGGCUGGAGCCCCGAAGCAGAGCAUCAGCAGCAGGUUUCUUCCCCUUCGGAUGACAGCUCCGAUUCAUCCGACCCAAUCCACAAGUACAUCAACCAGAUGCUGACGGACGAAAACAUGGACGCCAAGUCUUAUCUCUGUUACGACCCCUUGGCUCUCAGAGAAACAGAGAUGUCUCUCUACCAUGUCAUCGGCGAGCAGUACCCUUCCCACCCCUCCACCUCUUCCUCAAAUUCUCCCCUCAAUCUCAUCAACGGCGACCUCGACCUCUCCGUCAGCGAUUACGCUGGAUUUGCUGGCUCCACUGAAUUCCUCGAUCCCCAGUGGAACGCUCUGGCUACUACUACUUUCGGAGAUUCGAGGAAAACCUCUGUUCUUCCUCUGCCCUACGAUUUGCAGCAGCAGCAGCAGCAGCAGCCGGCGGCCGCUCCUUCUUUCGACGACAUGAUGAAGAAUAUGUUCAGCAAUGAGGAAUCCGUUCUCCAGUUCAACAAAGGGCUAGAGGAAGCCCAGAAAUUCCUCCCCGUCCCCAAUACCCUGCUCGUCGAUUUGGAAACCAACUCCCAAAACGUGAACAGUAACAGUAGGAAGAACAAUCACAAGAGGGAAGAGGAUUCAGAAUUAGAGGAAGGAAGGAGUACAAAGCAGACUGCAAUUCAUCACGAGGAAGAAGGGGAACUAACGGAGAUGUUCGACAAGGUACUGCUGUUGCCAGAGGGGCAGCCAAUCUGCUGCGGGAUGGAGUAUCAGAAGCAGCCGGAGGUCCCCGAGAAAAAAUCAUCCCCGAAGCACAACGGCGGCGGAAAAGCGCGCGGCGGCGGCAAGAAACAAGGGAAGAACAAGAAGGACGACGAAGAUACGGUUGAUUUGAGAGGGCUUCUCGUCCUCUGCGCACAAGCCGUGUCUUCCAGCGACUUCAGGACGGCGAACGAGCUUCUCAAGCAAAUCAGACAGAAUUCUUCCCCAACCGGCGACGGAUCCCAGCGCCUCGCCCAUUUCUUCGCCAACGGGCUGGAGGCCCGUUUGGCCGGCAGCAGCCCUCAGAUCCCCAAUUUCUUCUCCUCGAUCAGCUCCAACAGAAUCUCCGCCGCGGAUAUCCUGAAAGCAUACAAGACCCACCUCCAGGCAUGCCCGUUCAAAAAAUUGUCGAUUCUGUUCGCAAACAAGACGAUCUACCACGCGGCGGAGCACGCCGCCACCCUCCACAUCGUCGAUUUCGGGAUAAUGUUCGGCUUCCAGUGGCCGAUCCUCAUCCAGCUCCUCGCGAUGCGCCCCGGCGGCCCUCCUAAGCUCCGGAUCACCGGGAUCGAGCUCCCGCAGCGAGGGUUCCGGCCGUCGGAGCGCAACGAGGAGACAGGCCGCCGCCUCGCCAAGUACUGCGAGCGGUUCGGGGUGCCGUUCGAGUACCAUCCGAUCGCGUCGCAGAAUUGGGAGUCCAUCCAAAUCGAGGAUUUGAAAAUGGAGGCAGGGGAGGUGCUGGCGGUGAACUCGCUCUGCCGGCUGAAGAACCUUCUGGAGGAAUCGAUCGAUUCGAAUUCCCCGAGGAACGCGGUGCUGAACCUGAUCAAGAGGAUGAAGCCGGACAUCUUCGUGCAGACGGUGAUCAACGGGGCGUACAACGCGCCCUUCUUCGUGACGCGGUUCAGGGAGGCGCUGUUCCAUUUCUCGUCGCUGUUCGACAUCUUCGAGUGCACGCUGGGGCGGGAGGACCCGGAGAGGAUGAUGUUCGAGAGGGAGAUCUACGGGCGGGAGCUGAUGAACGCGGUGGCGGCGGAAGGGGCGGAGAGGGUGGAGCGGCCGGAGACGUACAAGCAGUGGCAGAUUAGGAAUGUGAGGGCCGGGUUCAAGGCGGUGCCGUUGAGCAAGGAGCUGUUGGAGAAGGUGAGGGGGAAGAUGAAGUCGAUGUACCACAAGGAUUUUGUGCUGGAUCAGGAUGGCAACUGGAUGUUGCAAGGAUGGAAAGGAAGGAUCAUCUAUGCGUCGUCGUGUUGGGUGCCAGCUUAGAUAGAGAGCAAGAGCAGGCUUUUUUUUUAAUUAAUGUUGGCGUAGUUUUGGAGCUUGGACGGAUGACAUUAAUGAUUCGAGAUUUAGUUUGUUUGAGUGCGGAAUCAGGAGUUUAGGAUAAACCGUUGCAAAAUUAUAUGAGAUUUAUUAUCGUAUCGAUUUAGUACAACGUAACGUAGGGUGUUAAUCAUAAUCUCUAUAGAUGGCCAGCGAGUGUUAGUUUGUACUUUGUAGUGAAAUAGUUUAGUUUUGCGUUCUCACUCUUUGUUCGUGGAUUGAUUUUCGGUUAAUAUUCCUACUAGGUGUUGACUCGGCAAUUGGUCGGAUUUUUUUUCUCAGUUGUAGAGGCCUAAAACAAAAUAAAUUCUAUAUAGUUUUUUUUUUCUUAAUUGGAAGUUAAUGUUGGAAAUGUAUGAAUAGUUUUGAAAGCUAUAGAGUCUCAAGUGAAAAAACUACAACAUUGGUAGUUUUACUUGGUGAAAUGUGUAUAAAGAUAGGAGCCUCUCACCUAAGGGCAUGCCCCUUGGGGUGACCCACUUUUGUGGGAGAGGGAGGACCUAACGGACCACCACACACACGCGCGCGCACGCGCCGUCUGUCCGAUCGACCGGUCGGUUGGUUCACUUGAGACUAUAUUGUUGAUUCAUAUAGGCCCACCGCAGUAAGAGGCCCAUGUAUAUAUGUCCAUAUUCAUGUGUACGUAGGAGAGUUAGGGUUUGUGAAGUAGGGUUUCGGGUUAUGAAACCUAUAUAUACUACUUGUACUCUGUAUGCCGAGGAUUGAGAAAAUGAGUGGAUUUAUCUUGUUCGGCCGUGGACUAGUCUCGUUCAUCCUGAACGAGGAAACCACGUAAACCUCUGUGUCAGUUUCGUAUUCCGUUUUCGAUUCAGUUACGUUUCUUUUCAUAUAUAUCUUUUUUGGAGAAAUUUCGAACGAAAUUAAUUAUUAUUCGGUUAUUCUGAGGAAUAUUCUAAGGAUAAUCGACUAAAAAGUAAUAUUCGAAGGAUAAUCCCGCAGGAUUUAUCUUAACCGACAGUUUUAAUUAAGGAAGUAAUUAUCU